AUGCCACGGAUAUGUGGUAGGCAAACACAAAGAAUAAAUGUAAAUUCAAAAGAUCCAGAGACAUACUUCAAAGUAUCAGUGUUUCUUCCUUUUCUUGAUUUCAUCCUUCAAGAAUUGGAUGCACGAUUUAAUCAACGACUUAGUGAUAUAAUACCUUUACAGGGACUCAUUCCAUCAAAUUUUAAUAUGUACGAUGAUGAAACUAUUUUGAAAGCGGCUUCUAUCUAUGCUCAAGAUCUUUCAACUGAUGAUAAUUCUAUUCUUAAAGCAGAGUUGCGCAUUUGGAGACACCAAUGGAAAAAUAAGCAAAUUAAAACAGAUUCAGCUAUUGAUACAUUACCCCAUUGCACAACUGUCGUACCAAAUAUAAAAAUACUUUUACAAUUGUUUGCGACAUUGCCAGUCACCUCGGCGACGCCUGAACGUACAUUUUCAACUCUAAAACGAUUAAAAACAUAUCUACGUUCAACCAUGUCGGAAGAACGACUCAAUGGAUUGGCAUUAACAAAUAUUAACAAAAAAGAACUACUCUGUGAGGAUGAAAUAAUUAAAUUAUUUUCCACAAAGGCACCCAGAAGGAUGCAAUUAGAAGACUGGAGCAAAUAA